AUGGCGAACGAUAGCAACCUAGUUGAAGCGUAUUCUAUGGCUAAAGACGGUUGGGUAACGUUUUGGGCAGAAGCUGCAGAUUCUCCAGCGGCUAAAUACAAUUCCAAGGGCACCAAGAGAGCUCGCUCAGAUGCAAGUGACGAUGAUGAUGAUAAUGGUAAACACACGUGUUUCAUUUGAAAAAUGUGUUUAUAACGUUUCCUAAAUACUUUUAUGCAUUAAUCUUUAUGUGUGUAGCACCAACUUCAUCUUCAGCAGCCAACAUGGGGAGCAUAAUACAGCUAUUAAAACAGAAACAUGGAGGCGAUUAUACUGAAUUUAAACUUAAAGUUUGGGCUAAAAUGUUGGUAAGUGCAGUAUAUGUUAAGUGCAUACAAUGAAUACAGGUUGACUUAGAAGGUUGACAUGGACAAUAUAGUCAAAUUUUAUGAUUUCGUCAAAGGACGCAAAAAUCACAGAUUAAAAUAUGUUUAACACGCUCGCACAAUUUGAACGAUAUUUCGGUAACCUGCAAACGAUGCAAUAUUGAUCUGUCAAACAUAUUGAAAAUUACGACUUUUGCAUCAUUUUUUCACCGCUCAUAUUGUAGUUAUUGUAGCUAUUUGACUAUUAUCGAUGUCAACCUUAAUUGAAACUGCAAUUAUUUGACGUUCUUGUAAACUAGAACUGAAAUGGAAAGCAAUCACCAUCAUUUUGUUUACAAAGUUUCUAUUAUAUAUUGUUUGAAGAGCAACGGUACUCACAGCAACUAUGAUAUGCCUCCAAAAAUCCCGUUUUUUACUGGAUUAAAAGCGGGUCAAGAACGAAACAAUUCAUCUACAUCGACCCCUGCAGUGAGGGCAAUCACAACAGCUACAACAUCAUCAACAACAACUGAAGCCAUAACAACAACAGUGUCAAUGUCUCAAUCGAUGGAAUCAAAAGUAUGUCACUGCUAUUUUUGGUAAUAUUAUUUUUGAAAAUGUAUUUCUGAAGUGCAUUGUAAGAAGGCUUUUUUCCAGUGGUAAAGCUAUAUAGCCAUGGCAAACAAGCAUGAUGUAUAGUAAGCUAGAAACCGGACCCAUAAAAGACGUGUUCUGAAAUUUAGACCAUGCAAAUAUCUAGACUGAUCUCAACAACGCAAUUAAAUAAUCGCAUUGCAUGUAGCAUAACAAAAGGCUAUUAAUUGGUAGCUUUGUGAAUAGGUUUAUUCAAAUCACUUGUAUAACGGGAAGAAAUUUGAAUUGCAUUUAUAGGCACGACUCCGUUCAAUGAUAAUUCAACAAUUGAAAGACUUGAAAGACCUAGAAGAGACUGGAGUUUUAGAUGCAGAGGAAUUUCAAGCACAAAAGAAAAAGCUUGCAAAUGAAUUGUUGAGUUUGUAA